UGUGGCGUGCCAAAUUGUGGAUGAGUGUUGAGCGUUAGCUUUGAUUUCGUUUGCAGCGAUUACAUGGCUGGUAUUGGACUGUAUCGGAUGAUGGUUUGAUCUGUUGUCCUUCUACAUAACUCAAGAAAUGGACCAGAAUGGGGGCGGCAACAGUGCCGGCAGCGUGUACGGUCGGCUGGGCGGCCCGUACGACCGCUGGGUGGAGCCGACAGACCGGUCGGCGCUGGGCCGCGUACAGCAGCAGUACUGGACCACCAAGCAGACGCUGCUGCGUAAGCUGGGCAAAAAGGAGGACGAGUACGUGGUGGCUUCCGACUCGGAGCUGGAUGCCAAGCUCGAGCUGUACGGUAGCGUGGACGAGACGUGCCUCGACCUGGACCGUAUCCUCGGCUUCUACCAGGACCAGUUGUGCGUGCUCUCCCAGGAGGAGAACAGCCUGGGCCGCUUCCUUAAGGAGCAGGGCAAGGAGGACAAGACGCGCGCCGGCAAGAUGAUGGUGGCCGUAGGCAAGACCAUGUCGUACACGGCGCAGCAGCGGCUGGCGCUCCGCUCGCCGCUGCUGCGGCUGCAUCAGGAGGUGGAGACGUUCCACAACCGGGCCGUCAAGGACACGGCGAUGACGGUGCGCAGCAUGGAGAAGGUGCGCACCGAGUACCGCGGCACGCUCAUGUGGAUGAAGGAUAUCUCGCAGGAGCUCGACCCGGACACCUACAAACAGCUGGAGAAGUUCAGAAAGGUCCAGAUGCAGGUGAAAAAGAACAAGCAGCGUUUUGACAAGCUGAAGGUGGACUGUCUGCAGAAGAUCGACCUGCUGGCCGCGUCGCGGUGUAACAUGUUCUCGCACGCGCUGGUGCUCUACCAGGACGCACUGCUCCAGUUCUGGGAGAAGACGGCCCGCACCAUGAACCACGUGUCGGACAGCUUCAGAGGGUACCAGUACUACGAGUUCUCCGUGGUGAAGGAGCUGUGCGAGCCGUCCCGGCUGCUGGCCGACCAGGCGUCGGCGGCUCGCACGGCCGCCACCCAGCCGGCCCCGGCAGCGGCAGUCUCCGCACCGCCCGACCAGCAGACGGACAAGCCUCCCGAUCGUGCGAGACCGCAUUGUUUUAGUUGGUUUGGUAUGUUUAUUCGAUUUAUUCGCCAUCCUGCGUAUACGCCGCCCCGCACGUCCUCCUAACCACCGACCUCUUGGCCUGCACCAGCAGUGGGAUAGGCACUAACUGGCCACCACCAACACUAGCAACGCCGCUGUCGGAAUGGCGCUUGGUUAUUGGCCUGUUCAGACAUGCAGCCGGCGUUAAGCACGUGUACUAACCCCAGAGGCAUCCUCCAGAGGCGAGCGAGGUCAUGCUCGUAGGACACCCACUGGUCCGGCAGGCGGUGCCUUAUCCGCUGAUGACAAGGCCAGCUUGCUUCAUCUCCCAAUGCGUGAUGGUUCGGUAUUCCUGCAUGAGAGCCGCGUGUGACCCGCGCAUUGACAUUAUCCAUGUUUUGCUCUUCAUGGAAGACGACUGAUGUGCAUGAGUUCUCCAGAUGUGCGUGGUGAACUUCUUUGCACUGACAGCUCGUGUUCAAAGUGAUGUUGCCAUUGAAUGCGAUAAUUUCUACACCCGACGUUCACCUCUGACACGUAGCCAGUGUGAAUUUUGCUGGUUGUAGCCAUCUGCUGCGUCAAUGAUAGCCUUCCAAAUAGCGUCAUGCGCCGUGUCGCCUGGUGUGAAUGGCGCAUGUCUGCGGUGGCUGGGAGGUCACGGGCGAGCGGGGUCAUCGGUCAGCAUCCGUUUCUAUGUAUUUAUAUUCGGUUGGAGUCGUAUCUCAUGGGCACGUAAUGACUUAAAAUCGGGACUAGAACGCAUGCGUCGGCGUCUGGUCAUGAGGUCCGGACGCCGCGGGUCGGAGCACCGACGCCACGUGUCCACGUGCCAGGGAUGUCUCCUCCCGCAGGCUGAUCUCCUUCGAGAGCGAGGAGACGGAAGAGCCGAGCCAGGCGACCGCCGCCGGCCCCGUGCCGUCAUCGGCGGCCGUGACGUCAC